GUUCCUUAACGCUUUGCCAAAAUAUUUUGAUAGUUAAGAUGCUAUAGACUGCAGGAAGGCUCCUCCUCUGAUGUUUUAAAGUGGUUUUCAGAGACGCAAUCGACUGUCUUCAGAGUUCAAAGGAGCAUUUUGCAGCUGCAGGAUAGCUUAAAAGUAAAAUACAACAGGGAAGUAGAGUAAUGGCUGCAGCCCGUGGUCCAUUUUGGUCACCGUUCCCAAGCACCAGAGAGCUAAAGGGCUGGAGGAGGAGGAUGAGAGCAGGGGGAGAUGGUCCUUGCUGACCAGGAGUGUCUGGCUUACCCACCCCAGUGUCCCUUGAACUGUGGCCCUUACUGGCCAUCCUGCAUUUUGGUGACAUUUGCCUACUCCCCCAUGGUUUGUGUGCGCUGUCAGAUGUCACUGGGAUGAAGUGAGUCAGUUCACUGGUCAUCCGGGCUGAGUGGUACAAAGCUGCGCAAGUGACUUGGAGUCAGAGACUGAGAUUUAUUUGUUUUAGGCACCUAACUCCCGUCAAAAUAGAACUUUAAAAGUUCUUGGCCAGUUUCAAGAAUUUCUUGGGGCCCUUGGGAUCCCAAGACCCCUCUCCUUCCGGGGAGUUAGGUUCCUAAGUGCUGAUUUAUUAAGAUUUACAGAGGUGUUUAGAUGUCUAGAGAUACAGAUGUGAAAUAACGGAAUUUUUGUGGUUUAGGUGCCUCUGUACAUGCCUAAUAACAGCUAUGCUAAAUGAAAUUACAUGUUGCCUCCUUUUAUGUGAUAAAAGCCAGUGUCUUUGCAAUCUUGGUGAAACUUAGCCCACAGAAUAGAGGCAGAUUGGUUGAUUAUAACCACUUGGCCAGUUCUGUCCCUUUCCUGUGGCAAGGUGACAAUUUCUUUAAACAUAUUCACAAUUUGAGAUUAUUCAUCAGAAUAGUUACAGUGAAUUGUUUUGUGUUUUAGCAGGCGUUCAAGUGGCUCCUGGGUGAUUUGCAGAAUAAUGUUUUGAAAUUGAUGCUGUCUGUCUUGGGCGCGCAGGCCAGUGGGUAUAUAACUGCUCCCAGUGGGUAUAUAACCGCUCCCUGAUUGGCUGAGUGUAACAUUUUAGCAUUGGGUUUCUGAUGCAGAUACGAAUUUGUCAUUUGCUUCCUGUCGGUAUUAUACAGUAUGUGUUGAACGCUUGAGGUCUUGUCACUGCUGAGCUGAUGGAUACAGCCAACCAGUUACCUGCAGAAAGCAAAGGGCGAACGUAGUCCAACUUAGAUGAAUAUUCAUGAAAAGUGCUUCUAUUUUCAGCUGCUAUAAUUUCUUUUGAAUGUAGUUAUGUAUCUAUUUAUCACAGUAUACAUCUAUGUUAACUUAACUUGUAUAUUAAUACUUUAUAUAGAAACAUGCAUAUAUUUGUAUAAUGUGUGUACCUCUACUGCAAAUCUCUGCACAGAAUAUUGGCCCUUACUGCUUCGAUACGACUCACGGGCCGAUGUUAGUGAUGCAGCUAACGGGAGCGGCUGCUCCUGGUGGCGCUGAGGACUGCCUGGCUGUGCAGAGGCUUGCAGCAGUGGGUCGUCAUGCUGUCAGAAGCGCAAUCUCCCGGCCAGCUGCAGACACUGGAGAUGGUAGCUUCUGAAACGCUGGCUGCUAUGCAAUUCUGUUGCUGCUGCUGCUGUUUAGCUUAGCAGAGAUUCAUUGACAUUGGUAGGAUGAAAGUUUAUUGUGUUUGUCCUGUUUUGAAUAUAUCUUUAUAUCCUUUCCCCUUAGAUGACUAUGUUCACAUUUCUAGCAAGCCCUGUGACCUCCAUUGCACCACUGUGGAUGGUCAGAGACAGUUAAUGGUUCAGGCUCGGGAUGGAACAUCCUGCAAAUACACUGAUUUCCGAGGGGUUUGCGUGUCUGGAAAAUCCGAUUGGAUGCGAUGGCAUUCUGUUUUCCACCCACACCUUGGAUAAAUGUGGAGUUUGCCAAGGAGAUGGGAGCAGCUGCACUCAUGUGACUGGGAGUUACCGGAAAGGAAAUUCUCAUCUUGGCUAUUCUCUGGUAACACACAUUCCUGCUGGAGCAAGAGAUAUCCAGAUAGUAGAACGGAAAAAAUCUGCAGAUGUUUUGGCUGUGGCUGAUGAAGCUGGUUACUACUUCUUCAAUGGGAACUACAAAGUUGACAGCCCAAAGAACUUCAACAUUGCCGGCACGGUGUUCAAGUACCGCAGGCCAAUGGAUGUCUAUGAGACUGGGAUAGAGUAUAUUGUCGCACAAGGACCAACGAAUCAAGGCUUGAAUAUAAUGGUCUGGAAUCAAAAUGGCAAGAAUCCAUCCAUCACAUUUGAAUAUACUCUCCUGAGGAAGCCGCACUCAAAUCUGCAGCCCAUCUACUAUACCUUUUCCGAGUCAGAUAGUGAAGAAAGCAGAGAGUUCGAUGGAGACGUGCCAUUGGGUUUUAUCCAACACAAUGCAACUUAUUUUGGGAAAAUCUCCAGGGAAAGGAUAGACUUGGAGAACCAGGUGUUUGGAAGGCAGGACACGGAGGAAGAUUUAAACUUGAGCAAAGGUCAGGAAACCAAUGAGGUCUAUGAAAGAACAGAAACUAUUGACUGUGAGCCAAAACUGAAGGGCAAACAACCCAAAGAUUCAAACGUAACCAGGUCUACUUACCAGACAGACCAUGAUGACAGAGACUUUGACCCCAGGUUCACCUCCAGGGAAUUUCUUUCGGAGAAUGCUAUCACUGACAAGCUGCUAGACAAGACCUCGGACUCGAAGGAGCUGCUUCUCAACAUGACCAUGAACAGUAUUUUUGCCCAGGGAGACCCAGUCAACUCUGUGGGCUCGCACAUUGACAGUCUCUAUGUUGAUUACGAGGAUACCGAUGGCGUUGUGACCUACACCAUCAAUAGCACCUACAUGGAGCUGAGCAAUGGCAAAGCCAUCAACACGUCGGCAGAGAUACCAUUUUCAAACACCACUGUCACCAUGACCGGCUCCCAGGGAAACAGAACCCACAAAGCAAGAAACAGAUUGAAGUUGUUAAGAAAGGGCCAAGGCGUGAGUGCUGCUGACAUGUACAGGUGGAAGCUUUCCUCCCACGAACCCUGCAGCUCUACGUGUACUACAGGAGUGAUGUCCACCUAUGCGAUGUGUGUGCGCUACGACGGGAUCGAAGUGGACGAUACGUACUGCGAUGCCAUGACCCGUCCCGAGCCGGUCCAUGAGUUCUGUGCGGGGAGAGAGUGCCAGCCAAGGUGGGAGACGAGCAGCUGGAGCGAGUGUUCCCGCACCUGCGGGGAAGGGUACCAGUUUCGGAUUGUCCGAUGCUGGAAGAUGAUCUCUCCUGGUUUUGACAGCUCGGUCUACAGCGAUCUCUGCGAAUCCGCCGAUAUUACCAGGCCCGACGAGCGUAAAGUCUGCAAGAAUCCCGCCUGCGGGCCCCAGUGGGAAAUGUCGGAGUGGUCGGAGUGCUCAGCCCGCUGCGGAGAGAGGAGCGUGGUGACCCGGGACAUCCGCUGCUCCGAGGACGAGAAGCUGUGCGACGCCAGCACCCGGCCGCUGGCCGAGAAGAACUGCACGGGGCCGCCCUGCGACCGGCAGUGGACCGUCUCGGACUGGGGACCGUGCAGCGGCGGCUGCGGGCAGGGCAGGAUGAUCCGGCACGUGUACUGCAAGACCAGCGACGGGCGCGUGGUGCCGGAGUCGCAGUGCAGCCUGGAGAGCAAGCCGCUGGCCAUCCACCCCUGCGGCGACAAGAGCUGCCCCGCCGCCUGGCUGGCGCAGGACUGGGAGCGGUGCAACACCACGUGCGGCCGGGGCGUGAAGAGGAGGAUCGUGCUGUGCCUGGAGAUCAUCAACGGCAAAAUCAAGACGCGCGGCGCCGCCGACUGCGACGCCGGCAAGAAGCCCGUGGAGGAGACCACCUGCUUCGAGCGGCCGUGCUUCAAGUGGUACACGACGCCCUGGUCCGAGUGCACCAAAACCUGCGGCAUCGGCGUGCGCAUGCGGGACGUGAAGUGCUACCAGGGCAAGGACAUCGUCCGGGGCUGCGACCCGCUGGUGAAGCCCGUCGGCAAGCAGACCUGCGACCUGCAGCCCUGCCCCACGGAGCCGCCAGACGACAGCUGCCAGGACCAGGCAGGAACCAACUGCGCCCUGGCCAUCAAGGUGAACCUGUGCAGCCACUGGUACUACAGCAAAGCCUGCUGCCGCUCCUGCCGCGCGCCCCACUCCUAGGGCCGCCCGCGGCCGCCGCCCUGCACUAAGGAUUGCCUGCUCUUCCCUUUUCUCUCUGUUUUUUUUUUUUCUUUCCCCACCAUUGCAAAACUCUCCUUGUCCCCCUCCCUCUUCCGCGCUCCCCGCAGCGCGAAGCGGCGCCGGCGUUGGCGCCCGCCUCCGAGGCUGCCGCCGCAGCGCCGCUGCCCGUCGCUAGCCCCCGGGUAUCGGAGCUGUACAGAGCAUCGUGUAUAUUUGAUUCGUCCCGGUCGCGGGCAGCCGCCGGUCUUGCGAGGUCUUACCCGCCGGCUGCUUUCACCUGCGCAAGUUCUCAGGCCGAUGACACCGAGGCGGCAGCCCUGCGAAACCAAAGCACCGGUUCCUUUUCCUGUGCCAAGGAGUCUAGUACCCGUUUUUCUAAUUUAUCCCCGAGACCUUGCGUUUAAGCUGCGUUUAAUGUGGUGGGAAGCCGAUCUUCACUUGCUAAAUGAACUCAAGCCCAAGCCCCCCCCCCCUUUUUUUUGUAAUAUGUAGGUGUAUACUUUUUCAGAGAAUUUUAUCUUAUAAUCGAAUGUUAGGUCCAUAGUGCUUACAGAAAAAUACCCCAUAAUGCUGACAUAUUGUAUAUAAUAAUAUGGAAACAUAACUGCACUUUAUAUCACAAAAAAGACGUGCUCUUUUUUAAUAUAUUUGUUUACAGACUGAACUUUAUCCGUAUAAUCAUUGAUUUGUACUCAUAUGUAUAUUUUAAUAAAGUUGUCAUAUUUAUGGUGGUAGAAGAGGCUUU